AUGAGAGUUACAGCAUGCACUCUGUUCAUCUUGGGCCUGCUGUGGGACAGUGUGAGAGCCGAAAAUACUCUCAGCAGCCUACGAGCGGCAGCAGUAGCGUGGGAGGGGGAGCUGCCGUGCAGAAAGUGGGACUGUGACUGUGCAUUUAAGCGCCAGCGAGGCUGCUGCUGUGCCGCACCUGAGCUCCAAGAAGUGAAGGAUCAAAUCUUUGUGAGGGUGAUGAACCUGUUGACAGACAUGUCCCAACUCGAUGACAGCGUCCUUGAAGUUAUAGGAGGGAUAAGGGUUGCGUUCACAGCUUCCAUGAGUCACAGAACAAACUGCUUUGGACCUUUCACCAGGAACAGCCCCAUCCCGUAUGAUGUUAUCAUCCUAAACCAUGGAAGUGGAUAUAACCCUGCCUUGGGUAUAUUCACAGCCCCUCGUUCUGGACUGUACUCCUUCUCCUUCUCGGUUUACUCCAAGGUGGGCAAGGAAGGUGAGAGGAUGUACUACAAGGUGCAACUCAUGAGAAACGGGGAGGUGGUGGCAUCCACAUGGGAAGACAACAGAGAGGACUCAGAAGACAGCAGCUCUCAGACAGUAUUGCUGUCACUGCAGCAGGGAGGCCAGGUCUAUGUAGAGCUGCUGAAUGGCAGGCAGCUAUGUGGGAUUGUUGAGGGCCUAAACGCCUUCUCUGGCUCCUUAAUUUACUCCACUCUGGCCUAA